ACAAUUUAGAAGGUGAAGUACCAAAUUGGUUAGGUAAUUUUCAAGGAUUGUUGAGCUUAAACCUAAGUCACAAUAUGCUAUCGAGUAAAAUACCACUAGAGCUUGGAAAUUUGGUCUCUAUACGUUAUGUAUUGGAUCUUAGCAACAAUUUACUUAUUGGAGAGAUACCUACAAGCCUGUCCAAGCUUACAAUGUUAGAAAUUCUCAACAUCUCUCAUAACCACCUCUCUGGUAGUAUUCCACAAUCAUUUUCCAACCUAAUAAGCAUACGUUACAUCGAUUUUUCUUACAACAACUUGACGGGUCCGAUACCAACUGGAGCCAUUUUCCAAAAUGCUUCAAAAAGUUUUUAUGAUGGAAAUCUCGGAUUGUGUGGAAAAGCUACUGGACUUAAUCCCUGUAAAAGGCAAAGAAACAGAAUUAGCAAUGGUCUUAUAUUAGUCAUUUCUCUUGUUUGUGGCUUAAUACUGUUUGUUACUGUCCUUGUUAUCACUCUCAUAUUGUGUCAUAAAUUCAAAGUGUUGGAUAAGCACAAAAAAGAUUCCAAGAAAAAUGACACGCACCAAUCAUUGAUAUGGGAAAAGGAAGCAAAAUUUACAUUUGGAGAAAUUGUAGAGGCAACUGAAGACUUUGAUGACAAGUAUUGCAUUGGGAAAGGAGGUUUUGGUACCGUUUACAAGGCCAUAUUGAGAGCACAUGAGUUAGUUCUAGCGGUUAAGCGGUUGCACAUGUCAGAUUCAAGUGAUAUUUCAGAAGUUAGUCGCAUUAGUUUCGAGAAUGAGAUUCGAACUUUGACCGAAGUCCGACAUCGAAACAUUGUAAAACUUUAUGGAUUUUGUUCAAGAAACAAUGGUUUGUACUUGGUGUAUAAGUAUGCAAACAAGGGUAGUCUUGCUAAAGUAUUAUAUGAAUCAUCAGAUCUUGAUUGGGAUUCAAGAGUGAAGAUUGUUCAAGGAUUAGCCCAUGCAAUCUCAUACUUGCACCACGACUGUUCUCCACCAAUCGUUCAUCGCGACGUGUCCUUAAACAAUGUACUACUUGGCUCUGAUUUUGUUCCAAUAUUGUCAGACUUUGGCACGGCUCGGUUGUUGACUCCAGACUUGUCCAUUUGGACAAAUAUAGCUGGAUCCUAUGGCUACAUGGCCCCAGAGCUGGCUUUGACUAUGUGUGUGACUGAAAAGUGUGAUGUGUAUAGUUUUGGAGUGGUAGCUUUAGAAAUUAUGAUGGGAAAACACCCUGGAGAAUUGUUGGAAUCUUUAUCGUCUACUCGUUCAACAGAUGUGGAGAAUAUGCUAUUAAAAGAUGUGUUAGAUCAACGGUUAUUACUUCCUACUGGGAGAUUAUCAGCUGUUGUGGUGUUGAUGGUGAGCUUGGCAUUGUCAUGUACUAGAAUUAGACCAGAUUCACGACCCACUAUGCAUUUUGUGGCACAAGAAUUAUCGACAAGGAGUCGAGCUUCCAUGAUCUCUGAGCCAUUGAGGACUAUUACGAUUGAGAAACUUGCUGUACUCCAAUAUCAACAACAGUAGAAAGAAUAAUUUCUUUUAUUACAAUUAAAGCUAGUAUUCAUGUAACAUAAUAGGUAAUUAACUCAUUCUAUAUGGAACUUGGAAAGGCUUUUUAU